CCCCCCUGCGGUCCCUCCCACUUUUCCCAAACAAAGCUCCCGGCAACUUUCUCCCGGUCUUGCCCCGCCCGCCCGCGGCUCCCCUGCCCAGGCCGGGAGGCCCAGAUGGGGGAACCCCGGACUGGGGCCCCCCUGGACGAUGGCGGGGGCUGGACGGGCAGCGAGGAAGGCAGCGAGGAGGGGACCGGAGGCAGUGAGGGUGUUGGAGGUGACGGGGGUCCUGAUGCAGAGGGCGUGUGGAGCCCUGACAUCGAGCAGAGUUUCCAGGAGGCCCUGGCCAUCUACCCUCCCUGUGGCCGACGAAAGAUCAUCCUGUCCGAUGAGGGCAAGAUGUAUGGCCGGAAUGAACUCAUUGCCCGUUACAUCAAGCUGAGGACAGGGAAGACAAGAACUCGCAAGCAGGUCUCCAGUCACAUCCAGGUUUUGGCUCGAAGGAAAUCGAGAGAAAUCCAGUCCAAGCUAAAGGACCAGGUCUCCAAGGACAAGGCCUUCCAGACCAUGGUGACCAUGUCGUCGUCGGCACAGCUCGUCUCUGCACCUUCCCUGCAGGCCAAGCUGGGUCCUUCUGGCCCCCAGGCCACUGAGCUUUUCCAGUUCUGGUCAGGGAGCUCUGGGCCACCAUGGAAUGUUCCAGACGUGAAGCCGUUCUCACAGACAGCGUUCUCUGUGUCGCUGACCCCCCCAUCCACUGACCUACCAGGGUAUGAGCCGCCCCCAGCCCUCUCACCCCUGCCCGCACCUGCUCCGUCUCCCCCAGCCUGGCAGGCUCGGGCCCUGGGCACCGCGCGCCUGCAGCUGGUGGAGUUCUCAGCUUUUGUGGAACCACCGGAUGCAGUUGACUCGUUCCAGAGGCACCUGUUUGUCCACAUCAGUCAGCAGUGUCCCAGUCCCGGAGCACCACCCCUGGAGAGUGUGGACGUGCGGCAGAUCUACGACAAGUUCCCUGAGAAAAAGGGUGGCCUCCGGGAGCUGUACGACCGAGGGCCACCCCAUGCCUUCUUCCUGGUCAAGUUCUGGGCGGACCUGAACUGGGGCCCAAGUGGUGAAGAGGCAGGGGCCAGUGGAGGCAGCGGCGGCUUCUAUGGAGUGAGCAGCCAGUAUGAGAGCCGGGAGCUCAUGACACUUACCUGCUCCUCCAAGGUCUGCUCCUUUGGCAAGCAAGUGGUGGAGAAAGUGGAGACAGAGCGGGCCCAGCUGGAGGACGGGCGCUUUGUGUACCGCCUCCUGCGUUCCCCCAUGUGUGAGUACCUGGUCAAUUUCCUACACAAGCUGCGGCAACUGCCGGAACGCUACAUGAUGAACAGUGUCUUGGAGAACUUCACCAUCCUCCAGGUGGUGACAAACAGGGACACUCAGGAACUGCUGCUGUGCACAGCCUACGUCUUCGAGGUCUCCACCAGUGAACGCGGAGCCCAGCAUCACAUCUACCGCCUGGUCAGGGACUGAAGGGGCCCACUGCUGGGUUUCCUCACAACACCCCCUUCCCACGAAGGACCCUUUGGCUCUCUCUGUACCCCUCGCUUGGAGAGGGGGCCAUGAUUCAAAAAAAAA